AAUGCACCACGCCCGUGAGACUCGGGUCCAGCUGUCGGCAGGGUCACACCUACCGCCCUGGUGGCCGGCCCUCAGCGCCCUUAGUGCGGGGAUUUUCUCCGAUACGCAGGUGCUGCAUCUCACACAGUCGCACCAAUCCGGAGCUGGCUUGCAAAGUGCGGUGAAGUCUUAAAGGUGAAGACAGACAAUGGAAUGAACAAUGAACCCCGCCACCGCAUUGUUGAACUCACGCACUCGACCAUGGCGCUCACCGCAACGGUACCGACCAACCUCAAGUCAUCAACAACGCAUCCUGCAUACCCUGACUCACUCCAAUAAUCCACACCACCCCAGCUGCCAGCAAGGCUGAGUGCUUGCACUGUUCAAAAGCAACCAUCCACAAUGUCGCAACAGGACUACUUCUCAUUCAAACCAGUGACGCCCGCAGACGAGCGCGCGGACACAAAAUCAACCAGACCAGAACCACCAACGCGCAACAGCUCAAAGAUGACGCGCGAUAUCAUCCCGCCGUGGGCAGAGAUGCCUGCCACACCACCCAACUGCCGCACAGUGAGCUUCUCUCGCUGGUCGCGCUUCACGACCUCUGCCUCCAGCACGCCGACUGGCGAACUGAAGGCCUCCAAGCUGUGCCUGAACCGCGGUACAAGCCCUUCCUACAACCCUCCAGCGAAUGAAUGGACAUACCUAGGCGCCGAGCAGCCCCUGCGAUGUGGCAAGCCCGAGGCCCAGCGCAACAGGCACCGCCGCCAGCACAGCACACAGCAGAACUCACAACAGAGCUCCGGCACAUGUCCCAGCCUGUCGUCCACAGCGAGUACCACGACCAGCACCAGCAGCAGCGCAACAGCGCCGAUGGAGUUCCGCCGCCGCAGCGUCCAGCGCGCAAGCACCAGCUCCCAGCUGACAGAGUCCUUCAAGGCAUCGCCAGCCAAGGGCCGAGACCACACCCCCGGAAUGCUGGGCCUGAUGGCGAGGCUUGGCCUGGACGCAGCCGAAAUCGAUGAGCUGCCGUCCGCAUUCGACUCUGACGAUGACGACGACGACGAUUUCGUCGAGCUGGACGGCGUGCCUGGAACAGCGGGCGCGCGAUCGACGCCUGGUGUCGGGCGGUCGUAACGUUGCGCACGACGGAUUUGGGUUUUGAGGGUUUCAAGGGAGGGUGCGUCAACGACAGCAUGUGCAUUGGCUUUAGCGGCAUUGGGUUUUAAUCAGGGCAUACGAUACACACAUUUGCAUCAUCUGGGACGGCGUUGGAUAUUCGCAGGGCAGCGGGACUGCACCUGGGGUACACACAUAGUUUACAUAGUUCACCUAGUGCUUCGUACUUCGUACGGAAGCUAGCCCGCGCUUGGGCCACAACAAUUCAAUGACGCGCUUCCUCACAUUCCA